UUGUCAUUCACACUGGAGGUAUCACUCUGGGAGGAGGUGUCAGGUUGGGAGGGUCUCUUGCAACUGUUAAGACUGCCAUUUCAACUGUGGGCCAGCUGUAUUUGCAGUGGAGGAGUUUGUUGUUGGACAUGGCUGGUAUGCUAACAGAGACUGCUUUGAAAAGAUGGCCUUGGAACAUGCCGCUUCACACAUAUGGAGCUUUAAUAUGUAACCCACUUGUUGCUGGAUCCAGUGCAGAUCACUCUCCCAUUCAUGAGGCUGCACUCCAUGGCCGUCUGCUGUCUCUCCGGAGGCUCAUUGGACAGGGGUUCAGUGUGAAUGCUGUAACCUUGGAUGGAGUGUCUCCCUUGCAUGAAGCCUGUUUGGGAGGCUACGCAACGUGUGCCAAGUUGCUGGUGGAACACGGAGCCAAUGUAAACGCGGUGACGAUCGACGGCGCUACUCCACACUUCCACGCCUGCUGCAGUGGCAGCGCAGCCUGCCUGAACGUGCUGCUGGAGCACGGCUCCGCCCCCUCCCCGACACAGUCCUCGCCCAUUCACGAGGCUGCCAAGCGAGGUCACAUGGAAUGCAUGGAGAUUUUACUGGCCAAUGGGGUGGACAUUGACCUGGAAACCCCCCAGCUUGGAACCCCACUGUAUGCCGCCUGCACUUCAGAGAGCACAGAUUGUGUUGAGAAACUGCUGCAUCUAGGAGCCAGUGUCCAUUUGGGCCGGGCCCAGGACACGCCCCUGCAUGCUGCAGCUCGCAAGAACAGCGUGAGGGUGGUGGAGCUUCUCACAGACUACGGGGCAGAUGUUCUGAGACGGAAUCACAUGGGAGAGAGGCCCUUGGACCUUGCAGCACCCAACAGCCCUGUAGAGAGUACACUGAAGCUGAGAAAGGGCCCUGCUUCUCUGCCUCAGCUGUGUCGGCUCAGCAUACGUGACUCCCUGGGACGAAGGCGACUCCAUGCGGUGUCCAGGCUCCCCCUGCCCAGACAGCUGAGUGAUUACCUGCUCUAUAGAUGACCCCUCCCCCCUCCCGGUGCCCCCCCUCUCCAUCUAUUGCUGCUUCUCAAAAGCACAGUCACUUCUCUGUCUUUUCUUUUGAGGGGCAAAAACAUUUUGGCACAUUGUUGUCAUUUUGUAUUUGAAAUUGUACAGAUUAAAAUUUUAUUCACUUGUUUUCUGUUGUUUGAUCAUCAUUAAAAAGGAAAUUCAGAU